AUGACCAUCCAACCUGUGGAAGCUCCCAAACCCGUCAUCAUCAUUGGUGGUGGCCCCGUCGGCCUCGCCGCGACUCUCGAACUCGCCCGCUUCAACGUCCCGACCAUCCUGAUCGAACAGCACAAGGGCGUCGCUUGGCACCCCAAGACCCGCAACUUCAACACGCGCACCAUGGAGAUUGCCACGCACUGGGGUGACGACGUCUAUCAACGUCUCCGCGGUAUCGACAGCGCCUGGAAGAGCCCUAUCCGCUUCUUCGACCAGGUCACCAAGAACGAGAUUGGUCAGAUCCACUCUGGCGGUUUCGAAGGUCCCGGCCCGGAUGUUUCGCCCUGCAAGCCCGUCAUGUCGAGCCAAGACUUGCUUGAGAUGAUCAUUCUCGACAAGGCCAUCUCGACUGGUCUCGUGGACGUUCGUUUCAACCAGCGUUCUCUCGGCUUGAUCAAGGGCUCGGAAGAGGACGCGACUGGUGUCGUUAUCGAGGUCGAAGACAAGGACACUGGCAAAACGUACGAGCUCGAGGGAUCGGCUCUCGUCGCUGCCGACGGUUACAGCAGCCCUAUCCGCGAGCAGCUGCAGAUCAAGCGCUCUGGCCAGCAGGACAUCCACCACUUUAUCAACACCUACUUCCAUGCCGACAUCGAGUCCCACAUCCAGGACCGUACUGGUGUCCUCCUCUUCGUUGGCAACGAAAACGUCAGCGGCGUUCUUCAGCCUCUCGACACUCAUGGUCGCUGGCUCUGCCAGAUGAUGAUGAAGGAGGAGCAGUGGAAGAAGGAGCUCUGGCCCCCUGAGAAGUGCGCCUGGUGGGUCCGCGAGGCGACCGCCAUCCCCGACCUCGAGGUCGAUGUCAAGAGUGUGGGCAUGUGGGCGAUGAACGCCACGACGGCCGACACCUUUGUUCAAGGACGCGUGGUUUUGAUCGGCGACGCAGCCCACCAAUUCCCACCCACGGGUGGUCUUGGAGUCAACACUGGUCUGCAGGGCAUGCACAACCUCAUUUGGAAGUUGGCCUACGCUGUCAACGGUAAGGCGGGCUGGAGCCUCAUCAACACGUACGACGAGGAACGCCGUCUUCCCUCGACCCAGACCGUCAACCAGAGCUUUGUCAACCACUGCAACGUCGGCCGAAUCAACAUGUCUUUCCGUGGUAUCGACAAUGGUCUGACACCGGCCCAGGUUAUUAAGGAGUCCCACAGAUACGGCAACCAUUUGGGAGUCGAGUUUGGCGCCCACUACAAGUCGUCUGCGGUCGUCUCGGAUGGUACCAAGCCCCCCUUCGUCGACGACGACUACUCGGAGUAUAUCCAGAGCGCCACACCCGGCUGCCGUGCCCCUCAUGUGUGGCUCGGAAAGGACCGCGCGCUGUCGACCGUUCACCUCUGGGGCAAGGGAUUUACCGUGUUUGCAUCCAUGGGCGAGGCCGGCAGCGCGUGGCGUACUGCUGCAGCGGCCGCGGCAAAGCAGCACAACAUUCCUGUGGGCUGCUACCUGAUUGGCGAGGCUGGUAUCGAGGACAUCGACGGCCAGUUCCUCGAACGCUAUGCCAUUGACGCGACCGGUGCUGUACUGGUUCGCCCUGACGGUAUCGUCGCUCUUCGCGCAGCCAAGUCGCCCUCAGACCCCACCGCGGAGAUUGACGAUGCGCUCAAGCAGAUCCUCCAGCUCUAG